AUGACGGAUUUGGACUCCAAGGCUCGGUCUGGCCGCUCCAACAGCCUUCAACGGAUGUUGGAGCUCGAAAAGCAAUAUAUGUUUGAGCGGCUUCAUCCACAUUCACAGACACAAACAACACCGUCAAACACAAAUUCACAACCGUCCUCGGCCACAACCGUCACCAAAAACUCUCCUGUUCGCUCGAGCAUUCAAGUCCGUCGUGCAGAGGGCAACACGCAAAAGGCACAGCGGCAAAGUAAUGAAUCUCGCCGUGACACCUCUCUGCCACCACAACUUCCUCCUCUAAUCAUCAACACUGGUGCGCCCAUCACCAUGAGCCGAUCAGAUUUAUUUGCGAGCCAGGGGAGGGACUAUUCCCCAAUGGAUGGGUCUUCCACCGUUGUUGCUACACCCAGCGACAAGUAUCCAAAAGUCGUUUCGUUUGAGUUCCCUCCCACUGAGUCCGCGCCUGCGCCUGCGCCCUGCCACUCGCCGAGCUGGGAGGCAUAUGAGAGACGCAAGACGGAGAAGAAGACAGAAAAGAGGGAGAGGGAGGAAUCGAGAAAUGGGAGGACAAAGAGACUGGUGAAGCCACCGCCUGCGAGCUCUCCUUAUGCUCUCCAACAAGCCGCUGCUUCUGAGAUAGACGCGACAAGGGGCCGUCGGCGUGAGCGGGCUGACAGUUCUACGGCUCUGAAUAGUCCCAACAAACCACCCCGUAAGGCCCGCAGUCGUUCUGGUUCGUUUGUGUCUCUCCUUAGAGCGCCAUUCGAGUUUCGCCGUUCCUCUGUGGACACCGCCGCGGACUCUGGUUUUAUUGGUGGCAUCAAGCUCGAGCUUCAACGACAUGCCGCUACGCAGCAAGCUCUUGACAGCCAGGCUAUCGAAGAUGAAUCAAAUAUUCACCCUGCUCUGCGCAAGGGCAAGCAAAACCACAGGUGGUCUACGCCGUUGAAGUCGCCACCACCACCAGCCAGACCUGGCGUCGACGGAUCGGAUUCUCAACGUCGUUAUCCGCCCAUCACUAGAGGCAAAAAUCACCACAAGACCAUGUCGCUCGUCUCGCCGACCGCGCCAGCUGUGCCUGAUCUUGGCACGAUUGACAGGUGGCGUGCCAAAGUAGGGUUGAAGACUGGCCCCCGACCUGAUUCACGGUUGAGCCAUGAUCACGAUACGCAUCUUGACGGGGCAAGCGCGGCCGCAAGCCUGAAGUCUAGGAUUUCGGGUCCAAGAGAAAUCAAGCCCGUUGAGAGUCAAGCGAGGACUGCGAGUUCAUCACCACCGCAGCCCACGCACAUUGCAUUUGCAACUGGUUCCCCUUCCAAGGGAAAUAUGCUCGUGAACAAGCCGAAGGCGGAACACGGUAACAAUGUGUCCAUUUCGUCUUGCUCAACGGGGGGGACUUAUACAACCGCUCCAUCCUCUCCACCUCCUCCUGAGCCACCGAGGCGAAGUUCCAAGCGGAAUUCAGUUUUAAGUCUGGACGAAUCGAUACCGCCUUUGCCUUCUCUUCAUCAUCAUAACAGCAGCAUACAGUCAUCACCAGUACAAGAGUCUCCUCCACGACGAUCCUUUCCAUUAUACAGACAUGGAGCCCAAAACAAGAAAGAUCGUACUGCCGGCAUGGGGGUAUCCAUCCACCAGCCGUCAGUUUAUGUGUCUUCGCCAGGAUCAAGUCACCUCCCCGGCAGCUCAUCUGAGGAUUCUGGCUCCGAAGACUUCCAUUCAACCUCUAUUGUCAGCACGCCAGCUACGUCGCGACCGCAAUCUGAGAAGGGCAUGUCCCUCGACAACACCCCCAAGGAUGAGCCUUCGAUGUCAUCAGACAAGAACGGCAAAUCGCGACUUGCAGUGCCAAACACCACCUAUCCACUCCACAGUACUGAAAAUUCAGACGAUGAAGGCAUGGACCCAAUCCAGGCGGCUGCCGAAAAAGUCCUCGCUGUAUUCAAUGGCAUCCCAAUUCAACAACCUUGCCUUCGUCGACGAUCCAACUCCCAAUCAACACUAGCUACAAACGCCAGUGUUCCUGCAUCACUCAAGGAACGACCCCUGAAGCUUCGCCCCAAAAACAAAUCCGGCGUUCCUUUGCAAAGUCCCGCAUCCCCGGCCUCAUACCUUGAGGAAGCGCGCAAACAACCGCCUGCCGGUGUCCCACAUCGCGCUCACAAACAACGGCUCGGACCGCCACCGUCCUUUAUCAUUCCCGACUCCGAUUCCGACCUUACUGCGACUGAGCAGGGCCCCCUUUCUGUUCCUGAUAUUGUUGGCCGAUCUUUGCGUCAUAAAUCUACGCCUCUGCUUAGUAUGGUCGACAGGGAGCCUAUUACCAAGGUUUUUGUGGAAUGCUGCAGCUGCAGGUACUAUCAUGAUAUGCCGAGUAACUUGUACGAAGCCAUGGCCAACCCAGAGGGUGUGUUGAAUCCUGUCGAUAAGUGUGGAUUUUCGGGCGCUCUGUCCAUGACUGUAAAGUGCUCGUGGUGCAGACAUGAGAUGAGUACUCGGUGUUGCGCAGGGUUGGCAGCGACGGUGUAUAUCAAGGAACGGCUACAUUAG